AUGAAGUUAUCGGUGAUAGCGAGCGCCUUACUGGCUACCUGUGUGGCCGCCAGACCAGAGCCUUUGCUACAAAUUCGACAAAAUGUGGGUUUUAGCUUUGAUACGAAUAAAGUCCGCGGUGUGAAUAUUGGUGGUUGGCUCGUCCUCGAACCCUGGAUCUCUCCAUCCCUCUGGGAUCGCUGGAAAGCAAACCCUUCCGCCGGUCCAGUCGACGAAUAUAAUCUCUGUCGCGUCCUCGGCAAAACAGCCUGUCAGGCUCACCUGAAGAAACAUUGGGACACCUGGAUCACUCAGAACGAUUUCAACCUCAUCAAAUCCUACGGUCUAAACACCGUACGAAUCCCGAUCGGUUACUGGGCAUUCACAUUGAACUCCGGCGACCCGUACGUUCAAGGACAAGUCGCCUACCUCGACCGUGCGAUCGUAUGGGCCAGAGCAGCUGGGUUAAAAGUCUGGAUCGACCUUCACGGUGCUCCCGGGGGUCAAAAUGGAUUUGAUAACUCCGGAUUGAGGGACAGAAUUGGGUUUUUGCAAGGGAAUACAGCAGCACAGCUGUUGGCUGUGAUUAAGAAGGUGGCGGAUAAGUACAGUCAACCGCAGUAUAGGGAUACUGUUGUGCUUAUCGAGGUGUUGAACGAACCUAUGGGGCCUAAAUUGGAUUGGAGUAAACUUAGACAGUUUACUUACGAUGGAUGGGCUAUUGUCAGAAGAGCCGGACCGACUUGGGUUGCAUAUAGCGAUGCUUUCUUACCGCUUUCCAAGUGGAACGGACUUUUGGCACCUUCGAAUAAAGCGCUUGUUGAUAAACACCGUUAUCAAGUAUUCUCGGAGGGAGAGGUAUCCAGGAGUUACUGGCAGCAAUUCGACUCUGCCUGUAGCGCACGAUGGGAGUUCAAGGGAAGCAACAAGUACGUCGUCGUCGGAGAGUGGAGUGCUGCCAUGACCGAUUGCGCAAGAUGGUUGAACGGAUGGAAUCGAGGAGCCAGAUACGACGGAACAUUCCAAAGUUCGAGGUCUUACGGAACAUGCAACGGCAAGGGCGACGCCGACCGUAUGACACAGACGCAAAAGGAUGAUUUGAGACGGUUCGUCGAGGCUCAGUUGGAUAGUUAUGAAACGACCAAUGGAUGGAUCUUUUGGACUUGGAAGACGGAGCCAGGCAAUCGUAGUGACGAUUGGAGUUAUUCGAAACUGGUCGCGAGGGGGAUUAUGCCCAAGCCACCAGGAUCGAGAAGAUUCCCUAAGCCAUGCGGUUAA